UGACUGUUGUGUUGCGGCCAUCUUGUGAUUGAUUUUGUCUUGUUAUCGCUCUGUUCGCUUUAAUAUUUGGAUAUUAUUGUAAAUGUUGCACUGAUUUGGACGGAUCCGUAUAUUAUUCCCAUCACAUUUCUGUCCGUCAAUAUGAUCACGACAGAAGACGCGUCCGCGAGGAAGCGCGAGAUCGAGGAGAAACUCAAACAGGAACAGGAAACACUGUCUUUCAUUCGUGAAAGUCUAGAGAAAAGUGACCAGCUCACUAAUGGAAUGGUGUCCAUUCUGUCCUCGUUUGAGAGCCGUUUAAUGCAGCUGGAGAACUCCAUCAUUCCAGUCCACAAACAAACGGAGAACCUGCAGAGACUUCAGGAGAACGUGGAUAAAACUCUCUCCUGUCUGGAUCACGUCAUCAGCUAUUACCACGUCGCCAAAGAUACCGACAAGAUCAUCCGCGAGGGGCCGGCGGGUCGUCUGGACGAGUAUCUGUCCUGCAUCGCCAAGAUCCAGAAAGCCGUGGAGUAUUUUCAGGACAACAACCCCGACAGCCCAGAACUCAACACAGUGAAAGCUCGCUUUGAGAAAGGGAAGGAGCUGCUGGAGGCUGAGUUUCGCAGCCUGCUGACACGUUACAGUAAACCCGUGCCGCCCAUUCUGAUCCUGGAUGCGAUCGGAGGAGAUGAGGACAUGGAGGUGCAGGAAGACGUGACGCUGGACCACCUGCCCGAGGCCGUUCUGCAAGACAUCAUCUGCAUCUCAGCCUGGCUGCUGGAGUAUGGACGGAACCAAGAUUUCAUGAACGUGUACUUUCAGGUCCGGUCCAGUCAGCUGGAUCGCUCCAUCAAGGGUUUGAAGGAGCACUUCCGUAAGAACAGCGCCACCUCUGCCAUCCAUUCCCCCGCCGUACAGGCCAAACGCAAGGAGACGCCCACUAAAAAAGCCCCCAAACGACCAGUCUACAUCCCAGGCACGAUCCGUAAGGCUCAGAAUCUGCUCAAACAAUACUCUCAGCAUGGCCUGGAUGGAAAAAAGGGUUCUAACCUCACUCCUCUGGAAGGGAAAGAUGACGUGUUGGACGUUGAGAUUGAUUCCUACAUUCACUGCAUCAGCGCUUUUGUGAAGCUGGCUCAGAGCGAGUACGCCUUACUGACCGAGAUCAUUCCAGAACAUCACCAGAAGAAGACCUUCGACUCGCUCAUACAGGAGGCGUUGGAUAAUUUAAUGUUGGAGGGCGAUAACAUCGUGUCAGCUGCACGCAGAGCCAUCAUGAGACACGAUUAUUCUGCCGUUCUCACUAUCUUCCCCAUCCUGAGACAUCUCAAACAGACCAAGCCAGACUUUGAUGCCACGCUACAGGGAACGGCCGCCAGCACCAAGAACAAACUCCCGGCACUCAUCACUUCCAUGGAGACCAUCGGAGCUAAAGCGCUGGAGGAGUUUGCUGACAGCAUUAAGAAUGAUCCGGAUAAAGAAUACAACAUGCCAAAAGAUGGAACCGUACAUGAGCUGACAAGCAAUGCCAUUCUCUUCUUACAGCAGCUGUUGGAUUUUCAGGAGACGGCCGGAGCGAUGUUAGCCUCACAGGUUCUCGGGGACACUUACAAUAUUCCUUUAGACCCCCGAGAGAGCAGUUCAUCCGCCAGCAGCUACAGUUCAGAAUUCAGCCGAAGACUUCUGAGCACAUAUAUCUAUAAAGUCCUGGGUAACCUUCAGCUGAAUUUGUCGAACAAAGCGAAAGUGUAUGAAGAUCCAGCGCUGCGAGCCAUCUUCCUUCAUAACAACUACAAUUACAUCCUGAAGUCUCUGGAGAAGUCUGAGCUGAUUCAGUUGGUUGCUGUGACUCACAAGCGUGUGGAGAGUUCGUACCGUGAGCUCAUCGAGCAGGAGAUUCAGAAUUACCAGCGCAGCUGGUGUAAGGUCACAGAGCAUCUGACAGAGAAAAAUGUACCUGCGCUCAUGCCUGGGACCAAGCUUAAAGACAAGGAACGCCAAAUCAUCAAGGACAAAUUCAAGGGCUUUAAUGACGGUCUGGAGGAACUGUGUAAGAUUCAGAAGGUCUGGGCCGUUCCUGAUAAAGAACAACGGGAUGCUAUCAGACACGCUCAGAAGAGAGUCGUAUCAGACGCUUAUAAAGCCUUUCUGCAGCGAUGCGCAAACAUAUCCUUCACCAAAAAUCCAGAGAAAUAUCACAGAUACACUCCAGAGCAGGUGGGGGACAUGAUUGACAAGCUCUUUGACACCUCUGCCUAAGCCACGCCCACACCUUCACCAUAGCAACAGACCUUCUGCUUCUGCACACUACCCAACUGGAAAUGUAUUGUUCCUGUUUUGUAUGAACAGAAUUAUUUAUGUAUGUCUCUUUUUGAGGAUGUGACGGAUAUAAAUAAAUAUGAACGAUUCUUCGAAA